AUAAUAUACAAACGCGUGGUGAAGGAGUAUUUGUAGCAACUUGGUUAGAUGGUCGACGAAUGAUGACAAGCGAAAGUGGGAGAUACGUUCAAUCACGUAAAAUACACAGCACGAUCGAUCUCAUGAUCCUUUCCGAUUCUCGAGAAGAUUGCAUGGAUUUUUUAAAAAUAUUUCGUCAUCAUAUGCAAUCGGAAAGCGAGAAGCUCGUAUAUGGGCUAACCCAAAAUUCAAGUUCAAACAAAUAUAUGAUGCUUUUUGAUUAUGAAAGGGACCCCAUGUAUGGAAUGUGUAGCAAGUGUAGCAGACAUAACACUUCAAAAGUUUGGUGUUUGUCAUGCGAUCCCCACACAAUGACUCAAGGGUGGACAAGCGGAAAUGAUGAAGUUGACAAUUGCAUCAAAGAUCUUCAACUUAAAACCACAGAAUACGAAAAUAUAGUUGAAUGGGUUCCUUUUGAUAGAUUAGAUAAAGUAAAAAAGAACGAUGAAAGAAUGCUUAUAGCAACGUGGCUAGAUGGAAAACGGAUGAUUUCCGGUGAACGUGGAAAAUAUAUGCGAUCUCGUCAGACAUUCACCACGAUUGAUCUUGAAGUCUUUUCUGAUUCUCAAGAAGGUCAUCCAGAUUUCUUAGAAAUUUUUAAACAUUACGUAUCAUCAGAAGGAGGAAGACAUGUAUAUGGACUGACUCGGAACCCAGCCACAAAUGAAUAUAUGGCACUUUUGGAUUAUGAAAGAGACUCGGCAUAUGGAAGUUGCGCCCACUGCAACCGAUACAAUACAUCAAAAGCUUGGUGUUUAUCAUGUGAUCGAUAUAAAAUGACACAAGGGUGGACAAGUGGAAAUGAGAAUGUUGAUAAUUGCAUCAAAGAAUUUCAACUCAAAGCUAACGAUUACGAGAGGGCGAUCGAAUGGAUUCCUUUUAAUAGAUUGGUUGACAUACAAGAGAAUGGAGAAGGAAUGUUUACAGCAACCUGGUUAGACGGUCGAAGAACAAUUACGGGUGAACACGGAAAGUAUGUGCAGUCACGUAAACCAUCAAACAUGGUUGAACUAAAGAUCCUGCAUGGUUCUCAAGAGAAUCAUACAGAUUUUUUACAGAGGUUUAAAAAACAAAUGCAACUAGAAAACAACAAAGUAUAUGGGAUCACUCAAAACCCAGAUACAGAAGAAUAUUUAAUG